AUGGCACUGGAACAUGGAAACCAAACUGGAAUGACACAGUUUCACUUCCAUCCUUUCUCAAUUCUGCCAGAGAUGCAGCUGCUGAUUUUCUGGGCUUUCCUGAUUUUGUUCCUGCUCAGCCUCCUUGGGAACUCUGCUGUUGUGUUCAUUGUCCACACUGAGCGGUCCCUCCACACCCCCAUGUAUUUCUUCUUAGCUAAUUUAGCAAUUCUGGAGAUUGCUUACUCUUUUGUCAUUGCACCACUCACUCUGGCCAACCUUGCAUCUGUGAGAAAAGCCUCCAUCUCCUUGGUUGGAUGUGGCACACAAAUGUUCUUCUUUAUCUUUUUGGGAGGUGCUGAUUGUGUCCUGUUGUCAGUUAUGGCAUAUGACCGAUAUGUGGCAAUCUUCUACCCACUGCGCUACACUGUCAUUAUGAACUGGACAGUUUGUGUGAGUCUUGUGGUUGGGACAUUGGCAAUGAGCUUCUUGUUUGGUGUUCAGCUCUCUGUCUUGAUAUUGCAACUUCCAUUCUGUGGCAACAAUGAGAUCAAUCAUUUUUUCUGUGACUUUCCUGCUGUCUUGAAGCUAGCAUGUAGUGAUACUCAUGCCCAUCAGGUUACCCUCUUCAUGAUCAGUGCUGUAAUACUGACCAUCCCUUUUCUCCUAAUCUGCAUAUCCUAUGCCUUCAUAGUGACGGCCAUCUUGCGCAUCCGCUCUAUUGCAGGCAGGAAACGAGCCUUUUCUACUUGCUCUUCCCACUUAAUGGUUGUCCUUUUACAAUACACUUGUGGCAGUUUAAUAUACUUACGUCCCAGCUCUAGCUACUCACCAGAGGAAGGUCGGGUGGUUUCUGUGGUCUACACUUUUAUCACUCCUGUAUUGAACCCCCUGAUCUAUAGCAUGAGGAACAAGGAGUUAAAAAAUGCAAUGAGAAGAACCUUGAGGAAAAAACUGCUUUUCCAAUGA